CCGGCUUCACCGGGCAGUUUGUGGUGGAGGAGGUCGCCCGCUGCGCAGCGGAGUGUCCCGGGAGCAGCUCUCUCAAGUGGGCUGUGGCCGGGAGAAGCAGGCGGCGUCUGGAGGAAGUGUUGAAACAAGCCGCGGGGAGGCUGUGUAUGUGCGACGGGGUGUUCUGUAGCGAACCGGGCCGGACUAUCUGGUGCCAGCCGCCUAAUGGUUAAAUGUCAGCCCGCUGUCAGCCCGCUUCACUGCCGCAGGACAGAGGCAGAAGACAGAGCUGUUGUUCCAUGCCUGAGUUGAGGACAGACAUUGAGAUCAUCGUUGCAGACGUGUCUAUUGAGGAGUCGCUGGCCAUCAUGUGCCAACAAGGUGUGGUGAUCCUCAACUGUGUGGGACCAUACAGGUUUUAUGGUGAACCAGUGGUCAAAGCUUGUGUAGAAAAUGGAGCUCACUACAUAGACAUCUGUGGAGAACCUCAGUUCUUAGAACAGAUGCAGCUCGAGUACCACAGCAAGGCCUUAGCCAGAGGAGUUUAUGUGAUCGGCAGCUGUGGAUUUGACUCCAUACCGGCAGACCUGGGGAUUCUCUACACACAGAGGCAGUUCAAAGGAACUCUGACAGCAGUUGAGAGCUUCUUGGACAUCAGCAGCGGGUCUCAGGGGUCGUCUGGCCACGAUGCCACUUGGCAGUCUGCGGUGUAUGGCUUCGCAGACAGCCGAUCUCUCUGCCAGCUGAGGAAGAAGUUUGGCCACAAGCCGCUGCCCGUGGUGGGAGCCAAAGUCAAGAAGAGGGGUUUUUUGUUUUUCAGCAAGGAGCUGCAGCAGUACGUUAUCCCGUUUAUGGGCUCCGACCCCUCAGUCGUCAGGAGAACCCAGCGUUUCCUUUACGAGGAGGAGCAGCAGUCACCGGUCCAGUACAGCGCCUAUGUCGGGGUCGGCGGCCUCUUUUCGGUGUUCAAGCUCUUCUGUGGCGGCCUGCUCUUCUGGUUCAUGGUCAAGUUCAGCCUCGGCAGGAGACUCCUCACUAUGUUUCCAUCGUUCUUCUCCUUCGGUAUGUUCAGCAAGGCUGGUCCCACCAUGAAGCAGAUAGAGGACACCUGUUUCAGCUUAACGUUUUACGGGGAGGGCUACUCGGAGGGGAGGGAUCCGUCACAGGGACGACCUGACGCCAGAAUCUGCACUCAGGUGUUGGGAGCAGAACCUGGAUAUGUAGCAACGGUUUCUGCGAUGGUCCAAGCAGCUGUAACCCUACUGAACGAACUGCACUCUCUGCCCAGAAGGGGAGGGGUUUACUCUCCAGGAUCUGCCUUCUAUAAGACCAGCCUGAUCGACCGCCUGCACAGCCACGGCAUCAUGUUCUCAGUCAGAAACUACUAGUGACCCUCCAACAGUAGCUCUGUAAAGGUCUCAUGUUGUGUUUGUCCCAAUGUCUGCUGGAGACGCUGUGACCUUUAAUCCAGACGUCUUUUCACCACCAGUGUCACUGUAAAGUCCCUGAACCCUGCAACUGUUGUUGUUGCCGUUUUUUCCUGUCACUCUGAGCUGUGUAAUUUAUCAAGGGACCACUGAUGCAGAGAGCUUCGUAGUUUUUGCUCAAGGACUCUUCAGAAAACAGACCGGCGGCCUCCCGCUGGGGACAGCUGGGCCUUUCACAAGCUCCUCUUCCUAAGACGACAUGUUUUCAAUCUGGGAAAAUUCUAAAGUUUACUCAACAUUCUGAGGACGAAUGAUGCUCAUUUCUAGAUUUAUAUUUUAAGCCUACAGUUAAUAAAACACUAGAGCUAUUUACACAUUAAAUUUUGAACUUUGCAGUUCUGAAAAUAACCAAAGUUUUUAAAAAUGAAAUGAACGAAUUGUAGAAAACAUGCACAUUUGCACUUAAAACCCCAAAACAUCUAUCACUAAUAAACUGAAGCUGCUUUAGAGUGUUGAUUUAAGUAGAUUUAUUUUAUUGUAUGCUUCAUAAAUUAUCCAAAAUGUGCUUUACAAUCUGUUAACUUUCUGCAUGAGACUUAAAGACUUUAAGCUGUUUUAUUCACGUGGAUGUGAUCAUUUAGUGCAUUUAUCUACUGCUAGAAUGUGUCAUUGAAGAUAUUUUAGUGGGAGAAGCCCACCCAUGUAAAUACUAAAACAAUGAGCCUGAAUUCUGCUUCAGUUUUUGCUGCAUACAUGAGUUUUAGAGGUUUUACCAAAAUGCUAAGAAUUGAGAAUAAAAACUAAAAAUAAAUUUUUUUAAACAGG